AUGCCGGUGGACAAGGAGGUGGUGGCGAGCCUCCUAGCGUCGGUAGAGAGCAAGGUGGUGACCGCAGUCAAUGGCUACCACGAGCAUCAGGUGGUGGCCGGAUUGUCGGCGGUGCUGCGGCCGCUGGAGGCGCUCGGCGACAAGUUUGGCACGGCGGAGAUCUUUGACGCCAUGCCGGUCGACAUGUUCUGGGCACACUUUCUGCUCAUUACCCGCAGCUUCAGCUCCUCACUCCGAGACAUCUUCUUCCGUGGCUUUGCGUGGCAGGCAAGUCAACGGGCUGCGGUCGAGACGGCCUUUGGCGAGAUCAACAAGGCUGUGUACAACGUCAUCCGGCAUCAGACCCAAGCUGGCAACCAAGCCACGGUCGUGGCGGCGCUGAAGAAAGCAGUCGGAAAUGUGUCUCUUCUUCCGGUGGUGGCGCUGGUCCCGCAGAUGGACCGGUCUGCCGGCGUCGCGCUUCGUGCCUUUGCCGCGGUCGUCUGCGCCGCCGUUCCGUGGUACUGGGCCACCGGUUGCUUCUUUACGGCCAUGCAGACACCAGCAGUUGCACAGGCGCACUGGGGGCUCGCGGCAAUGAGCACCAAGCGCGCCAUGAAUCACCUCGAGGUGCUGCAGCAUGCGGCGACGUUGUGGCACGGCGAGAUCCUCAUCACUUCACCGCACGACGCUGCCGCGCCAAAGUGCCAAGACAAGCUUGGCUCGCUGCUCAUCGACUCGCGCCUGCUCGGCGUCCUUGCACAUGCAGUGCACGCCGAGGCUGCCGGCAGCUCACUCGCCGAGCUCCCCGCCUGUCUCGAUGGCGGCGACUCGAGCUCCAGUCUCCGACAGAACGUCCUCGCCUCCGCCAUCGAGAGCGUCUCUGGCGAGCAGAUCCUCCUCCAGAGCGGCAGUACUGCGGUAGCGAGCAUUGUUACCGCGGCAGGCAUGGCAGCCAGCGAGGUGCAGCUGCUUGUGGCCACCAUCACCCGCGCAGCGGCAGCACCCGUGGGUGCGGCGAUUUGCGGCGUGCCUGGCGCGCUCGCCGGCGCCAUCGUUGAGGGUGCACAGGCGUUUGCCGUCGCCACAGGCCUCGACAUCAGACAGCGGCUCAACUUUGCGUCACCCGCCGUACUUUCCGCCGUCCUCGCUCACCUCGACGAGCACGAUGUGGUGGCUCGGGCGGACCAGAUUGUAAGCAUCAAGUCCCACCGCCGCAAGGUCGCGGCCGCCAAGGCUGCCAUGGCCAGCGAGGGCUUUGUGACAAAGGCAGUCGGCGAGGCGAAACCUGGUGCGUCGACGAAGACCAAUACCAAGACCAAGGCCAAGGCCAAGGCCAAGGCCAAGCCAAAGAUCAAGCCAAAGGCCCAGGCCAAGGCCAAGGCCAAGCCAAAGAUCAAGCCAAAGAUCAAGCCAAAGAUCAAGCCAAAGGCCAAGGCCAAGGCCAAUGCCAAGCCAAAGAUCAAGCCAAAGGCCAAGGCCAAGCCGGAAGGCCAAGCCGACCGGCAAGCAACCAAUGCCAAGCCCGCGUCACCGCCGAUUUACACCAGCAAGAGCAGCGUGGCCGCGUGCCGGUCGUCCGGCGUCGCCUCGGUCUCGGCUUCGCUACUCCACUCCCUCACCCUCGCCAUGCUCUCUUCUCUACUCGACGACGAGCUCUGGACACUCAAGGCUGUGCUCGCGGGCUGCAACGUGGUACUCUUUGUCGCCGGUGUGGUCACCGCGCUUCGGCGCGCCCGUCGGACGCCCCUGACGACGGCUGUGCUCGGCAACGAUGGCGGGCGAUGCAGGGCAGACGGGGACGAUGUGGCACUUGUGGUGGUAACUGCGCAUCCGGAUGACGAGGUCAUGUUCUUUGCUCCACUUUUGCUACACUGGCCCGGUCCCAAGUCGGUCUGUUGCCUCUCGGAUGGCGGGUACGAUGGUCUCGGCAAGGUGCGGAGUAAGGAGCUGGAGCGGGUCGGGAGCGAGCUGGGUCUGGCUCGGGUCGAUGUGGGUCCGCUGCCAGACGGCCCAAACGAGGAGUGGCGUGUGGAUGAUGUGGUGCCACAUGUUGAAGCUGCGGUCCGUGCUGCGGGUGGCGAUGACGGCGUAGAGGUAGUCGUCGCCUCGUUUGAUGACUACGGCGUCUCGGGCCACGUCAAUCAUCGCGCGGUGGCGCGGGCUGUGGCGUCGAUGGCGGAAGCACCACCCCGUGGUGUUGUGGCGCUACUCGCCCUCGACUCGGUCUCAUGGAGCCGCAAGUAUCUGGGCUGGCUGGCACUGCUGCCGCUGCUCUACUUGGACGCGCUCGAUGCGAGCAAGAUCUGUGUCGUCUCCGGCCCGCGCUCGUGGCUCCGCGCCCUCUCGGCCAUGCGGAUCCACGCCUCACAAAUGGUCUGGUUCCGCUGGCUCUACAUCGGCUUUGCCAGCUACAUGUUUGCCAACGUCUUCCGCACCCUUGUGCCAUCAGCAGGCCGUCGAGCGAGCUGAUGAUGAGUAAAAGCGCGCCUGG